AUGCCUCCUCUUGAGCCCUUUGUCGCUCAGACUCGCAGGAAGCGGGCAUCAAGAAAGAAGAAGACCCAGGAGGAAGACGAGGCUGUGCAAAGCGAUGACUUCGCGCCAGCAGGCACUGCCGCACUCGCCGCGCCGCCCUCACGCAUCGACGAAGUCGGCCCCUCUGGUCAAUCCUGGCCCCCACUCGCGAAAGACGUCUUGAGCAAUAUGGCGCGCUUUGGGUCCUGCAUCCUUCUCACACGUGUCGGAGGCUUCUACGAGUCCUACUUCGAGCAGGCGCCACUCCUCUCCUCUCUCCUCGGCAUCAAGCUAGCCAACCGGACAUGGGGCGGGCGUUCUGUCGCUAUGGCGGGCUUCCCGCUCAGCCAGCUCGAAAAGUACCUCAAGGUGCUGGUGCAUGACCACGGAAAGCUCGUGGCGAUUUGUGAGGAGUUUCGACCAGAUGAGGAAGGAGGGGAGACGAGGAGCCCAGAGGAUUGGAAGACGAUCAAUCUGGUCAACAGGGCGACGCUGAACGAGAAGGUGGACAUUGUGCGGCGAGUGACUAGGGUGGUGAGCCCGGGAACGCUCAUUGACGAGAAGUGGGUAAAUCCUAUGAGGAACAACUUCAUCCUCAGUAUCGCGGUUGGCGAGGGCGAGCAGCGGGGAGGUGCGCGGGGAGGUGCGCCCACCAUUGGCCUCGCGUGGCUCGACUUGAGCACAUCCGACCUUCACAUCACGCACUGCAGCGACGUUGAGAGUCUGAGGGACGAGGUCAAGCGUGUCAGCCCCUCGGAGAUCAUUCUCGAGGCAGACGCUGUAGAGCGUAUGCGGCUGCCCUCAUCAAGCGCCCUACAAUCUGGUCAAGACGUUCUCCUCCAAGCUCUCGACCUGCAACGCACUCUGAUUUCCUAUCUCCCUCCUUCCUCGAGCUCACGCAAACCAACCACGCCCUCCGCAAUUGAGCGUCAAGCCACACAUACCUACCUCGCGGCCGAGCGCACGGCAAUUGCCAAUCUGACCGAACACCUCAGCACCCGACUCUUGGACGUCGCCUCACACGGUGGGCAAGAGCUGGACGAACUCAUCGGCUCGGGACUCGCGCGGCAUCAUGCACCGGAAGAGACGAUGCUCAUAGACGCCAACACAUUAGACGCCCUCGAGGUGCGUGAGACCACACGAGAAGGGGGAGUGAGGGGUAGUCUAGUCAGCACGGUGCGACGAACCCUGACAAAGGGCGGAGCGCGCCUGCUCGUCGACUGGCUCACUGCGCCCAGCACAUCGCACGCCUUGGUGACAGAGCGGCAUGCCAUCGUCGAGUAUCUCGUCACGCACCCUUACGCCUUGGAAGACUUGCGCACCCUCCUUCGACAGGUGCAGAGGGGAGAUAUCUCGCGCACUCUGCAGCGAAUUGCUACGGCAAGGAAUGAUGAGCAGGAUCUGCUCGAGGUGAGGGACUUUGUGCGAUUCACCAGCGCAGUGAAGGAGUGGGGACGGGAGCUGCGUGGUGAAGGAAAGGAAGGGCAUCGAGAGCUCGCUGCGAGGCUGGAGGGUCUGGUCGAUUUGACUGGGCUAGGCAAGGAGCUGGGCGAUGCGAUUGAUGAGAGAGUCAUGGAGAAGCGACUACGGGCGAUGGAGGCUCUGGAUCGGGAGGAAGGCCUGCUUGGAGCUGAGAACGCAGACGAGGAGGCGGAGACCACCCCUUCCCCUACGCCAUCAUCUUUAUCAGCCUUUCCGCCGCCGCCUACACCUCGCGGCGACGAACCCUGGGGCGCCCCCUUUGAGCACCUCAUUCGACCUUCCUCCUCACGCCUCCUCUCAGCCCUUACAGCAGAGUACGAGCGUCUGCGCCAUGAAGCUUCCUCCCUUCAGUCCUCCCUACGCUAUCGCAUAGGCCCUCGCACCUCGCUCCGCUAUCUUCUCGGGCAAGGCUUCGUAGUCCACACCACCGUCCCCACCUCGGGCGAAGAGCCAAGCAACGAUCAAGAGCUCCGCCUCACGCUGGCGUACCGCACAAAGAGCACGCGCACUUACUAUCACGAGCCGUGGAGUCGCAUCGGGUCACGCUUGGCUAAACUGCAGGAAGACCUCAAGCGGGCAGAAAAUGCUGAAUUGCGUAGGCUGCGAGCGAGGGUAGUGGCCGCUGGUGCUGAUUUGCGCGGAAAUGCACGCAAGGUGGACGAGGUCGACUGUCUCGCGGGCUGGGCACAGCUUGCCCUUGACCUGAGGCUGGUGCGGCCGACGAUGCUCAGCGAGGCGGACGAGCACUACGACGGCUCAGGCUGCGUGUUCGAUGUUGUAGGCGGCAGACACAUCGGCGUCGAAGGCGGACUACUGGAGCGAGGUCGAACCUUUCAUGCCAACGACCUCAAGAUGGAUGCCACGUCUCGCCUACACUUCAUCACCGGCCCCAAUAUGGGCGGCAAAUCGACCUAUCUCCGCCAGAACGCCCUCAUAGCUAUCCUGGCCCAAUCCGGCUCCUUCGUCCCCGCGCAAUCGGCCCGACUCAGCAUUGUGGAUCGCCUCUUCUCCCGCGUAGGCGCAAAAGACGACCUCUUCCGUGAUCGCUCAACAUUCAUGGUCGAGAUGCUCGAGACGGCCGAGAUUCUUCGUCGCGCUACGCGGCGUAGUCUCGUAGUUGCGGAUGAGAUCGGCCGGGGGACGACCACGCAGGUGGGCAUCGCCAUUGCAUUUGCCACUCUGAAGGAAAUGGGUGAGAUUGGGUGUCGGGCGCUGUUCGCUAGCCAUUUGCAUGAGUUGGCGGACAUGAUGGGGUGGGAGGAGGGGAGAGAGACUGGUGGAGAGGGGUGGAGGUAUGUGCGCUUUGCAAGUACGGACGUCGAGGGGAGCGAGGACUCCGUCACCUACCUACACCACGUUCGACCAGGCGUCAAUCGCGAGUCACACGGGCUCACCGUGGCCGCUCUGGCUGGCAUGCCUCCGGGAGCGCUUCAAACAGCCCGCGAUACUCUCAACAGACUGAGAGCAGAAGACAUCGGGUCGCAAAAAGUCGUGACAUAG